AUGGCUUGGCUUCUGUGUCUGUGUACAUUUUUGGUCGUGACUCUGGCCUUGUUAGCAGUGCAGCAGUUAAAGCUCAGAGUAUCUCUGUGUGGCCUCCAGGAGCCCCCCUGCCUCCCAGCACUACCCCUGAUCGGCAGUCUGCUGAGUUUGCGAAGUCCACACCCUCCUCAUGUGCUUUUCAAAGAACUGCAGAGGAAGUAUGGGCAGACAUACUCUUUGAUGAUGGGCUCCCACACUGUCAUCAUCGUCAACCAGCACAAAGACGCCAAAGAAGUGCUGCUUAAGAAGGGAAAGACAUUCGCAGGAAGACCCAGAACUGUGACCACAGACAUUCUGACCAGAGAUGGGAAAGACAUUGCAUUUGGAGACUACAGUGCGACUUGGAGGUUCCACAGGAAAAUAGUCCACGGAGCUCUGUGCAUGUUUGGAGAGGGCUCAGCCUCCAUCGAGAAGAUCAUCUGUGCAGAGGCCCAGUCUCUGUGCUCCGUCCUGUCUGAGGCAGCAGCUGCUGGACUCUCCCUGGAUCUGUCCCCUGAGCUGACUCGGGCUGUCACCAACGUCAUCUGCGCGCUCUGCUUCAACUCCUCCUACCGCCGUGGAGACCCUGAGUUUGAGGCCAUGCUAAGCUACAGCCAGGGCAUCGUGGACACUGUGGCAAAGGACAGCCUGGUGGACAUCUUCCCCUGGUUACAGAUAUUUCCCAAUGCAGACCUGCGUCUUCUAAAGCAGUGUGUUUCAACCAGAGACGAACUCCUACAGAAGAAAUAUGAUGAACAUAAGGCAGAUUACAGCGACCACGUGCAGAGAGACCUGCUGGACGCUCUGCUGAGAGCCAAACGCAGCGCCGAGAACAACAACACAGCAGAGGUCAGUGCGGAAUCCGUAGGGCUCAGCGAAGACCACCUCCUCAUGACUGUGGGAGACAUCUUUGGAGCCGGAGUGGAAACCACCACCACUGUGCUGAAGUGGGCCGUCAUCUACCUCAUUCAUCACCCACAGAUGCAGAAACGUAUCCAGGACGAGCUGGACAGUAAGGUGGGGGCAGGGCGGUCCCCACAGCUCAGCGACAGAGGGAAUCUGCCCUACCUGGAGGCCACCAUCAGGGAGGUGUUACGGAUCCGCCCUGUGGCCCCUCUGCUCAUCCCCCAUGUGGCCCUCACUGACACCAGCAUCGGGGACUUCACUGUGAGGAAAGGGACUCGAGUCAUCAUCAACAUGUGGUCUCUGCACCACGACGAGAAGGAAUGGAAAAACCCUGAGCUCUUUGACCCCGGUCGGUUCUUGAACAGUGACGGCACGGGUCUGGUCAUCCCGUCGUCCAGCUACCUGCCGUUUGGUGUGGGGGUCAGGGUGUGUCUGGGCGAGGCCUUGGCCAAGAUGGAGCUCUUCCUCUUCCUGUCCUGGAUCUUACAGCACUUCACCCUCUCAGUCCCACCAGGCCACGCUCUGCCCAGCCUUGACGGCAAGUUUGGCGUGGUCCUCCAGCCGGCCAAGUACAAAGUGAACGCUACGCCCAGACCGGGCUGGGAGAGGAACAAGUGCCAGGAGUGUUGA